AAUGUUAUAAAGACCAAUUAUUAUGAUACGGAACACGCUAUAAAAUUCUUGCUGUCAAACUUCAAAGUAUGUUUUGAUUUUUAGUGUCAAAAAGUCACGUUGUUUUGCUUUCGCGUGGGAACUGUGAACAAUUAUUUAUAUUUUAUAUCAAUAUUACGUAAAAUUUAAUAAAAAAAUAACACAAACAAAAGUUUAUUAAUGAUUUUAAAUAUCGUGCCAAGAUGAAGUAUCAUUAUAAGUUUCAAAAUCUUCUGGGCACUGUGUACCGAAAAGGCGACGUGUUAUUCUCCAAUGACGGCAACUGCGUCAUCAGUCCUGUCGGGAACAGAAUAACAGUGUAUAAUCUUAAGCAGAAUCAAAGCAACACAUUGUCAUUUGAGAGCCACUAUAAUUACACAGCUGUAGAUGUUUCUCCAAAUGGCACAACACUGUUGGCUGUUAAUGAAAAGGGUGAAGCGCAAAUGAUUAGUUUAGUAACAUGCACCGUAAUACACAGGUAUAAGUUCAAACAAGCUGUGAAUGCUGUUAAGUUUAGCCCUGAUGGUGCGUAUUUCGCUGCUUGCUGUGAUGAUACAGUAUUCAUUAUGACAGCACCCUGCACAUUCACUGGUGAAUUUCGUUCGUUCAUAAUGAAACGGGUUUACAAAAAAGCCCAUGAUGACGUCACCUGCUUAGACUGGUCGUCCUGCUCAAAAAUCUUGGCAGUAGGCUCCAAAGAUACAACAACCAGAAUUUACACUGUUGAUUACCUAGAUAAUAUAAAUACGUACACACUGAGUGGGCAUACGGAUAAAGUAGUGGGGAUAUUCUUUGAGAAGAAGAGUCUAGACUUAAUAUCGGUCAGUAGAAACGGUCAAGUGUGUUUAUGGGAAGCGUCGAUAGAUUCGGAUGACCUCGUUGUAUCGGAAGUUCAAAUAUCAUUAAGGAAGAAGCGGAAGAUAAGAAAGGAGGAGGAAAGUGAAGAUGAAGUCAAUGAGAAGGAUGUUAUUGAGAAAGAUAAGGAAUUUGAGGAACCCGAUGACCAAGAGGAAGAUAAAGUAAAAAGAGAAAUAGCAGAGUAUGAAGAGAAAAGAUUAACUUAUGCAAAACUGGGCCGGCAUUACAUUGGCGACGCGAUACGUAUAGCCGACAGGAAGGUCAAACUCACAGCAGUGCAGUACCACAAGGAAACCAAAUUGUUAGUUACAGGUUUUUCUAAUGGCAUAUUCUUUCUACAUGAGAUGCCGGAUGUGAAUCUCAUUCACACAUUGAGUAUAUCAGAGCACAGGAUCAGCAGUAUCGCAAUAUCUUCGCCCGGAGACUGGAUAGCGUUUGGCUGUCCCAAUAUAGGACAGUUACUUGUAUGGGAAUGGCAGAGUGAACAAUACGUAAUGAAACAGCAAGGCCAUUCUCUAGACAUGACAUGCGUGGCAUACUCUCCUGAUGGCCUGUAUCUAGUCACAGGAGGGUACGAUGGGAAAGUGAAAGUGUGGAACACGACCAACGGCUUCUGUUUUGUCACCUUCAGCGAACACAAGUCAACGGUCACCAGUAUAGUGUUCAGUGCGAAUAAGAAGUUUUUCGUAUCGUCGUCGCUAGAUGGCACUGUUAGGUGUUAUGAUUUGACAAGGUACCGUAACUUCCGCACUCUGACAUCUCCGAGCCUGGUGCAGUUCAGCUGCGUCGGCGUCGACUCCAGCAGCGAGCUGUGUGCAGCGGGGGGACAGGAUGUCUUCGAGAUAUUCAUAUGGUCCAUUAAAUUUGGAAAAUUGUUGGAUGUGCUAGGCGGUCACGAAGCCCCGGUCUCGUGUUUAUCAUUCAGUCCCACGCUGGCCAGCUCUCGGCUCGCCUCGGCGAGUUGGGACAAGACCGUGAGACUGUGGAACUGUAUAGAGAGUGGUACUGACUGCGAGACGCUGCGGCUGACGUCAGACGCGCUGCAGGUCGCGUUCAGGCCCGAUGGCGAAGAGUUAGCAGUGUCGACGUUGGACGGCAACAUAACGUUUUUCGACGCGACGACGUGCGAGCAGACCGCCAGCGUGGAGGGACGCAACGACCUCGGCGCCGGGAGGGCCGACACCGACCUCAUCACGCCGGAGAAGAUGCUCAAAACCAAGGCUUUCACCACAAUAUGCUAUUCUGCAGAUGGAUCAUGUUUGUUGGGAGCUGGAAACUCAAAACACGUCUGUCUGUAUAGUGUUAAAGAGUCAAUACUUAUCAAGAAGUUCGUCAUCACGCAGAAUAGGUCUAUAGAUGCUGUGAAUGACUUCAUAAACCGACGUUUGCUGACUGAGUUCGGCAACAUGGCGUUAGUGGAGGAGAGAGGAGACCUCGAGGGUGGUGACGUCAAUAUCCGGCUGCCGGGAGUGGCGCAGGGAGACAUGGCCGACAGGAGGGUCAAACCUGAGGUGCGCGUGCAUUGCGUGAGGUUCUCGCCUACCGGUGAGAGCUUCGCGGUGGCGGCUACAGAGGGACUCAUGAUAUACAGCCAGUUCGCAGGCAUCGAUGGCACUUUUAGGCCGUACCGUUUGGAAGCGAGUUCGACUCCGUACGCGGUCAAACAGUUGUUGAAGGAAGGAGCUUGGGGCUCAGCCUUAACCGGUGCUGUUCAGCUCAACGAGCUGGCCAUCAUACAGGAGUGUGUGGAGACCGUGCCGCCGACAGACAUAAACCUUACAGUAUCAACACUGGACGAUGACUACGCGGACCGCCUCCUGGGCUCCAUAGCGCGUCUCCUGGAGGACAGCAGACAUCUGGAACACCUGCUCCUGUGGGUGAAGGCGCUGGUAUCGGGGAACAAGAAGAAGUUCCCGCCCAGCGUGCUGCUGGCGUUGGAGAAAGUGCUCACUGUUAAAUAUUCACAGCUGAGUAAAAUAUGCGACUUCAACAAGUACACGAUUAAGUGCAUCAAGUCCGUGGGAGAGAUCGAAGUGAAGCCUGAAGUAGAACCGAUGGAUACCGACAACGAGUCCAGCGGGCGCGGAACAUUCUCAGACACUGAUUAAAAUAUUCCAAAUUCAAAUUAAAUGUGUUUUUUUUUUG